AUGUGUAUUUUGUGUGUACCCUAUGCUAUAGGGUGCCAGCUAUCUCCCUUUUUUUUCUUUCUUUUUUGUUGGAUUGUUGGUGGAUGGCGAUCGUGGUUUAGCUUCUUGGAGACGGAUUGGUUUCAACUUUCGCCAGCAAUUCUAGAUUUGAGGUCGGCGAUCGGGAGCGGUGAUCGAGAGUGGCGCUCGGGUCCUGCUCGUCGGAAUCGGAAGCAACUGGUGAAGGUUGGGGUGACCGGAGACACUUUAUCGGAGGUAGCGGGGUUCGGUGGUGCUGGUAUUCCAGGAAAGUCGACCGACUAUGGUUGCUGGUGGAGCGACUACUGUCGAUUGAAGAUGUUUUGGGCAGUCGCUCGGCGUCGGACUCGAAUGCGACUGGUCUCGGUGCUUCAUGGGUUGCCGCCUGCUAGAAACGAUCAACAAUGUUCGAGGGAGACGUACGUUGUCGGGGCGUUCCUGCUGGGGGCGUCGUCUAGCUGGGAUCGUCCAGCGAUGGAAACUACUGAUGACUGA